AAACUCCACUUCCACUUACAGCGCUUUUAUGCAGCAUUGCUGCUCUUCAUCUGCUUCGGGUUGAACGCUCAGACAUCGGUGGCAGCUCCAGUGCCACGCUUCGACGAUAAUCUCGUUGCAUACCCAAAUGCGCCGAGUGAGGUGCUGCCUAUUGAGCCGCUGUUAAUCUAUCCAGAGUCACGCGAGGUGAUUUACCAGGCACGCACGCUGGCCGGCGAUGGUGAGCGAGACAUUAUCUUCGUAAAGCUACUGCCGGACAAGUCGGAGGGCUAUCGACCCAAGCAGCAGCGAAUCGCGGAGAAGGAGCAGCGCCGCAAGGAGCUGGGCCUGAAGGACAUCUUCUUUGUAAAGGCACGUGCCAACGGUCAAUUCAGUCACGAGCGCUUAAAGGUCUAUCGACUGCCCGAGUUUUAUGCGAUCAGUGUGUUCCGCAACGACGAGAAGUAGUCGGGCGACGGGUAGCUCUGGCUGCUGCACCCACGAUGCAGUCCGCUCUUAUUAUUUUUAUGUUAUGUAUAAGCCGCUAUAAAUAAAUGCCUCAAAAGUUG